GCCCCCGGGGCCGCGUACUGCCAUCUUUGUUAGGGGCAGCGGGCUCAUCUCCGAGAUGCCGAAGUCGUGCGCGGCCCGGCAAUGCUGCAACCGCUACAGCAGCCGCAGGAAGCAGCUCACCUUCCACCGGUUCCCGUUCAGCCGCCCGGAGCUCCUGAAGGAGUGGGUGCUAAACAUUGGCCGGGGCAACUUCAGGCCCAAGCAACACACGGUCAUCUGUUCUGAGCACUUCAGACCCGAGUGCUUCAGCGCCUUCGGGAACCGCAAGAACCUCAAACACAAUGCCGUGCCCACCGUGUUUGCUUUUCAGAACCCCGCACAGGUCUGUCCUGAGGUGGGGGCUGGUGGGGACGGCACACUGGAAGAGGUUCAGCCUCCAGACACUGAAGGCCCUGUGAGACAGGUCUUACCAGAGAGAACAGAAGCAAUGGAGGCUUCUGGCCUGCGAGCCGGCCCCAUAGAGAUAGAACAGCACUUCACGGGACGGCUGUCUGAUCACAGCUAUGCCCUUUUGGACCUGGAUACCCUGAAGAAAAAACUCUUCCUUACGCUGAAGGAAAACAAGAGGCUCCGGAAACGACUGAGGGCCCAGAGGCUGCUGCUUCGGAGGACAUGUAGCCGCCUGCGAGCCUACAGAGAGGGACAGCGGGGACUACGGGCCAGACGGCCAGCACAGCAGAACUGAGCCCGAGGAGGCUCUGGGAUGUGGGGAUGGUGGUGACACCGUCUUUGCUGUGCACAUUCCUACUACUGGUGCUGCAAGGCACCUUGAGACUGGCUGGAUAGGAUACCCUGAGACAGUCGUCAGGGGAGGGCCCAAGUGCUGGGGAACCAGAGGCCCAAUCUCGGGUCUCCUGGCCUGACGAUGGCAGCUGUGGGCCUGUCUUGUAACAGUGACCAAAUGUUAGGAGUUGUCAUAGCCCUGCCAGAGACAGCUCCCCGAGGGAGAGGUGGCCAUUCCUGCAGUCUACCUCCAGGAACACAGUUAAUCUGUGGGGUCCUUCUCACCUUCCCAGAGGAGCCGUUCUGAGGGCAGGGCACGGGUCUCUCACAUCAGCCUGUAUUUCUGACGACUCCUCCUGGCCUGGUCUGUGUAAAUGUGGAAUAAAUUCUUUAAACUCUA